AUGAAGAACGUGGAGCGAACUGAAGGUCUUCUGCAGAGUGCCUACCGACACACUCUGAUCCAAGAGGACUUGAUUGAUAGCAUGGGUGGAGAAGCAUAUGAUUUGGCACUUGGGCAAAGCAAAAGCUCCAUGCGACAGAACCACCAUCGAACACACCGAGUGCAGGCUCUUCAAGAUGAAGCAUUGGCAGCUAUGCACACUACCCGGUGGAUCAAUCAGAUACAAGCCACCACCGGUGUCCAUCAGACUGCAGCUGUAGCAGGAAAGAUAACUCUCAGCUUGGUCACUGGGAACCACAAUAUCCCUCAUUUGAAGACUGAACUGUUGGCUCGUGGCCUCAGUGAAGAGGAGCUGUCUGGAAAGAAGAUCAAGGCACUCAAGACAAUGUUGAAAGAGCACGAGAGCCAGCGUCUUGGUGGUCAAGGUGACAACAGUGUGGCCAACAUCAAGGCAUUCGAACCUCAGUCUGAUGCUCCUUUCGUUCUAAAAGGAAACUAG